CGCCGCUGGAGUUUGCUUUGAUUUUGAAUUUAGCAAACUGAAAUACUUGCUAACCACUCAACCUGACUGAGGACUGUGUUAAAUUAAGAUAACAUCGCAAUGGUAGUAUUCUCAUGUAGCUAUCCAUUGUGAAUUUUAGCUGUUGUUUAGUUCAUGUUAAUUUGUCAAUUAUAUUUUAAGUUUUAUCUACCCAAAUUGCUUCCUACUUUGUAUCACGCUGGUAGCGAGCUGUCUACCUGACGGACGAUUGGUACUCAGCCCUGCCGGUGCAGUUGCAUUGUGUCUUUGUCAGGACCGGAUGCCCUAGCUGCCCUGUUCUGCCAUGGCUGGCUGCAGUGCUGUGAGUCUGGGGAUGGCUCAUAAUUUUUUGACAGACUCUUCAGUCUGUGACUCCAGAAUGGAGACAUCUUUGGAUGUGAAUUCCUUCCUGAACAUUACGCAAGGGGAUGUAUGCCUCGAUGGUGAUCUGCCAGAACUUGAGACCAGUGUUGUACUUGUUGGAGAUGCUGGAAAAAACAUAGAGCUUGUGGAGGCAUUGCAGGCCAUCAAAGUAAUGGAGGUCCCAGUAAUGAUCGAAAGAAGAGCUUCAGGCAUCAAGUCUGAUCAAAAGUCGAUCAAAUCAAUAGUUAAAAUGGACAUUAAUGUGCCGCACACAAAAACUGAAAAGGUGAGGGAGGUUGGGACCGUCUUUGUACUGACAGACUUCAGCUCCCCCGAGUACGGUUACCUGUAUGGAAACGGCAGCCGGAUUGUGGGCCCACCAGUUGUUCUACAGUGCGCAAGGGCAGAGGAGCCUCUUCCCUUGUCUUGGAGACCCCUGUAUUCCAACACCAUGCUGGACCUCAAGCUGUGUUUCACUGGCUUUCGAGAGAAAGAGGAAGUUGUGCGUUUGGUCAGUCUGGUCCAUCACAUGAGAGGAAUCAUUCGCAAGGACUUCAACUCCAAAGUCACCCAUGUCGUAGCCCGCUCAACCCACAGCGAGAAGUACAGGCUGGCAGUGUGCAUGGGCACUCCAAUCCUCACCCCGGACUGGAUCUAUAAAGCCUGGGACCGGAGAGACGAGGUUGGUUUCAGUGCUGGAGAUGAGGAGUUCCACAGCGAAUUCAAAAUCCCACCUUUCCAAGACUGCACUCUUAGUUUCCUGGGCUUCCCUGAGGAAGAGAAGAGGAACAUGGAGGAGAGAACUCUAAUGCAUGGUGGCCAUUUUCUGACUGUCGGGGAAGAGAAAUGCACUCAUCUGGUCGUAGAGGAGAACACGGUGAAAGAACUUCCUUCUUUGCCGUCAAAGAGAUUGUACGUUGUGAAGCAGGAGUGGUUCUGGGGCAGUAUACAGAUGGAUGCCAGAGCAGAGGAAUCCAUGUAUCUGUAUGAAAAGCCUGGCAGCCCCGUCAUGCAGAAGUGCCCGUCCCUGCUGUCACUCGAAGCUCCUCGCAAUCAUCACAAGAAACGCCGUCUCCGUGACGCCUUGGCCCAGCUGACCAGAGAGGCUGAGGUCUCCCCCUUCUUGCCCUGCAAGCAGCUCUCCUUAGAGCGGCCCUCGCCCGCUGACUCCCUGCUGGACCUCUCCAACAACCCAGAGUCCCACAGCGCCCCUAGAGAACGUUCCAGGCCUCUGAAAAACGGCGGCGCCCCCCCGAAGACGUCGGCAAGGUGGCAGGUCGCCAAGGAGCUCUACCAGACAGAGAGGAACUAUGUGGACAUCCUCACCACCAUCAUUCAGCUGUUUAAGCUUCCGUUGGAGAAAGAGGGACUGGUUGGAGGUCCAAUUCUGGCCCAGGAAGAAAUCAAGACCAUUUUUGGUAGUAUCCCUGAUAUAUAUGAUGUGCAUACAAGGAUAAAGGCAGAUCUGGAGAAUCUGCUCAUUGACUGGUCAGAGGAGAAAAGUGUUGGGGAUAUCAUCCUGAAAUAUUCCAAAGACUUGGCAAAGGCUUACCCGCAGUUUAUCAACUUCUUUGAGAUGAGCAAAGUGACCAUUGUGAGAUGCGAGCGCUUGAAGCCAAGGUUCCACGCUUUUCUGAAGAUCAAUCAGGCGAAGCCGGAGUGUGGGCGGCAGACGCUGGCGGAGCUGCUGAUUCGCCCGGUACAGCGGUUGCCAAGCGUCGUGCUCCUGCUCAACGAUAUAAAGAAACACACUCCAGAGGACAAUCCUGACAAGGUCACCUUGGAAAAAGCCGUUGAAUCGCUCAAGGAGGUCAUGACCCACAUAAACGAGGACAAGAGGAAAACGGAGGGGCAGAAACAGAUCUUUGACGUGGUUUAUGAAGUUGACAGCUGCCCAGCCAACCUACUGUCCUCUCAUCGCAGCUUGGUCACCAGAGUGGACACGGUGGCUUUGGGGGACAAACCCUGUGACCGCGGGGACCACGUGACCUUGUUCCUCUUCAACGACUGCCUGGAGGUGGCCAGGAAGAGGAACAGGGGGAUCGGAACGUUGCGGAGCCCACUAGCCCAGGCACACGGCCCCUCUCCCCUGAAGCACGUGGCCCUCAUGCCCCUGUCCCAAAUUAGGCGGGUCCUGGACCUACGGGAGACAGAAGAGUGCCACAACGCCUUCGCCCUGCUGGUCCACCUGCCCACCGAGCAGGAGCCCCGGCUCUUCAGCUUCCAACUGGAGGCCGAGGACGCGGCCAAGGCCGUCUGGCUGAAGACACUGUGCCGGCAGGUGGCUGACACCAUCUGCAAGGCCGACGCGGACGUGCUGAUUCGCUGCGCCGAUCCCGACUCCCUCCAAGUGAGCACGAAGGACAUGGACAGCACUCUGAGCCGGGCGUCCAGGGCCAUCAAGAAGACGUCGAAGAAGGUCACGAAGGCGCUCUCCUUGAACAAAAUGCCCAAAAGGGAACUCCAGAGGGCCCUGCUGGCGUGCGGAAGUCCGGCUGGCUCUGAGGGCAAGAACGCCAUUUCCGACAUCCAUUCACCAUCAAUGGUGGACCUUCCAUCAAUGUUUGAGAGGAAGUACAUGACCUACAGUCGCUCAGCAAGUCACAUCUUAUGAUACUGUUUGAAACGUGGCCACUUAAAUAUGUUUUAUAUGUUUACAGUAUAAUAUAACAUUUAAUUCUCAACUGUGGUACAGAAGAUAUCAUCCUAAAGGUGUCCACAAAGUUGUUGCCCGGCAAGGCAACACCAAUCCUUAAAAGAGAAACAUGAUCCUGUGUUUUCUGUCUUUGUUACCCAGUUGCUUUCCACAUGCAUUUUGUGUUCAUCACAAUCAGACUGCUGUAGUCAUUUAAUUGUUUUGUCUUUUCAUAGAUUUUAUAUUUUUCUAAAGCUAACCCUUCUAAUAAUAUUGAACUUGUUUUGCGGUGAUAAGUUAUAUAUCAGUGUCUUGGUCAUUUUAUUGUCAAAAGGUGAGGUAGGCAAUAUACCAUGGCAUAUUUAUUUAAAAAAAUAUUUUAAUAUAUUAAUUUCCCUUUUAUACAUUAUCAUUUUUUACCAAUGUGCAGUACGUGUUACUGCCUUGGGAAGCUGCAAAGAUCAUCAGUCAAAUGAGAUGUCCCAUGUAUGUUACCAGCAGUUAUGUAAAGAAUACAAAAUUUCAUUUAAAAUGUAUCUUUUUUCAUGUUGUGUUGAAUUGCAGCUUAAAUAUAUUUUACUCUAUUUGAAUAAAAUAAUUAGCGGUUUGUCUUUU